UAAUUUGAGUUUUAUUUGUCCCCCAGAUGGGUUUCGCAAUACAUGUCAUAAACGCUCGGGGAUUUCCAUGUCUGACAAAAUACAUCAUAGGUAUAGCCUAUGAACACACGAUGGUCCCAAAUUAUUUGUUGCCCAAAAAUGAACUCCACAUUUUUUCACGUUUAUUCCUUAUCACGCAAAUACAGCAUGAAACAUCAAUUUUGUUCGGCUGCUCGGCACGGUGGAUAAUAACGAGACAAGCAAAUCACUUCUGCCACUGUGACCCAAGAAUUGGAGAUCAAUUUAUUUUCACAUUCGACAUGAAAGAACCUUGGCGUUCCAUAGCACCUCUUACCCUGGGGAUAUCCCCUUACUUGUGACAUCAUCCAGUGCAACCACCGAGGGAUCAUACACAAAUACUUCCAUUUUCGGUGGCACUUACAUAAUGUGCGACGAUAUGGAUUCAACUUACCAUUCUGUGAAUAUUUUACACGUAAGUAUUAGGUCCAUGCCUUUGUACUUCACACCAAGGGUUUUUUUGCUCAAUAAACACACUGAGAGAAAGCUUUUGAAAGGGAAAAAUGUAGGUUUGAGAGCUAGAGUUAAGUCAUCACGUUCAAGAUCAAGUCGACACACGAGGUUAAAGCUACUUGAAUUGAUCACCGAAAUACAGUGCAGGCCGAGAAGUUGCAAUCCAGUGACUGUUCCAACCAGCUACUAGCCUGAGCCAUUCAAAUUGUAAUGGUGCCACUGAGAACCUUGGAGCCCAGACGUACACUCUGAAACGCCAGUGAAGUGGGUUGACAGUUACGGUUCAGAAUCGUGAUUCGUAAGAAACAGUCGGUCUUGAACUAUGGACUGAUUACGUGCGUAUUAUUAACAAUCUGUUGCGCUAUUUUGUCCUUAUGCAUGUGCCUAAUGCAAGACCUACUUCCCAUCAGGUGAACUAAGUGAAAAUCUGCAAUAUAUUGUUAACGGCUUUUACAGCCUACUCAUGGCGUCGAGAGGGGAGGGCAAGAAAAAAAGGGGAACAUUUUAAAAAGUUGGAAAAAAUUGAAGUAAAUAGAAAUAAGAGAGGAAACGAAAAUCACGGAUUUGCUUUAAAAGUGUCGCCCCCACCCUUUAAUGGGUUUAUCAUAAAUUAUCAAUUCUCAUAAAUUCUCCACCCAUUGGGAAAAUGGUUUCCCCCACCUCGGAAAAUAUUCUGGCGACGCCCAUGACUAGGCCUACUGUUGUAUGAGUUGUGGGCAUAGUUUCCUUCAAGUUAUCACGGGGAGGUUAUACAUAUUUUGAAUUUGAAAUUUGCUACGCUACUUAUGAGCGACAGAUCAUGUUCAAGACGCAAUGGACAAAAAUAUUGCACAUAUCAGAGGUUAAAAUUGACUUUUGCUCAACCGACUAUUGGCAUAGGGGUCUCCAGGGCUUUUUUUUGGAUGGGGGCAGGGAAUCAGCAGCAAACUGACCAACCGUUAAAGAUGGAAGGGGUCAACUGGAAGGUAUUUUCAAGUAAUCGAUGAUUUUCACCACCUUUCCUUUUUUCUUUCCUUAUCUUUUCCUUUCCAUUCCUCUCCCCUUUUAUUUAUUUAUCUGUUAGUUUUUCCUAAGGAAGUGCUCCCUUUGCCGACCUGGUGACGCCUGUGACAUGGAGAAAAACUAAUCAGAAGUGUGCAUUUAUUUACUAGGGCAAAUGUUGAUGUAACUGUCGAGGGAAGAAGUAUAUGGUUCGUCCAAGAUAAAGACAGACCCAAUUAAUUGUCUAUCUCGGCCUUGAACGUGCUUCGUUAACAGACGCUGGACAACAUGGCAACGUGUCUCGGCUUGUAGCUACAGGGACUGAAAGUUCAAGACAGUCAGAGACUGAUAACAACAAUGUUGCGAAUAAUAAAAGAUAAAUCAUAUGGCGGAGAUUUGUAACACAUCAGCUCAGUCAGUCUCGAUUGCAAACCUAGGAGACACAAACAGUGAUUGGCCUAGACCCGAGAGAGCCAUGAACACAAAUGAUGAAUGUAAAUGCCGCGAAACAAACCCCGGGGAGAAAGGGAGCGUGUUCUUUCCUAUACGCGUGGAGUCAGCGGGUUUUCCGUCCACUGAUAAGGACAAUCCACGGAAGACUCCCACCCUCAGCCCUGUACAGCUGUCCCCUGGCAGCACCACCAUGAAACUCAUCGAAUCCGGGAAGAUUAAGAACUGCAUCAUCCUCCUAAAGAAGACCAGUUUGGAUCAGGACUGCCUUACACCUCUCGGCGAUGAUGCCAGAGAGGACUGCACGGGAUGGGAUGACACAGCCACUGAAUUGUCCGAAGGAGUUUCAUGGAGUGCAGACAGUGAAGACGGAAAUGCGCCUAGUCCCAAUAGACCCUACAAUAAACACAAGAACAAAGAGUUGGGUGCAAAAGCUCUGAAUGGAGGUGGUGGCCGCUAUUCCUUAAAUAGGAAUAUCUUCACAAGUCUUCUCAGCGGAUGGGCUGAUAACAACGUGAAGAACAACUCGACUGUUAGAAGUUCUGACAAAGAAUGCACGUCAUAUACAAUCGCUGAAGAUGGUGCAACUGACGCAAAUCCGAUAUCUGACAGUAAAGUAACAUAUCAAUCAGUAAGCAGUUCCUGUGUAAUCAGUCAAAUCAAAUCUUCACCUAGGAACAGUGACAACAUCGAUCAGACCAGUUCGUUUACAUCGCAGUACGUUGAUGUUGUAACCUGCCAAAACACUGAUAAUCAACCAGAAAUCAAUGCAAGCACUGUCGGGCAUUUAACUGAGUGUCGAUCAAUAAACAGAGACAGCAAUGGCAUUCAGAUCACCGACUGUCCAUCAGGGAAGAGUGAUAUCACAAAACGUCACAAUGACGACGAUCAGGCAAAAAUUGACAGAAAUACUUUAUGUCAAGUCAGUGACUGUCAACCGUUAAGCACAGGCAAUGACGACGAUCAGCUCAUCGACUGCCCAUCAUUCAAGAACGUUACUGACUCCAAUUACAUCACAGAUGAUAAGUCAGAAACCAGUUUUAAAUCGACAUUUCGAGUCAUUGACAGUCGAACAGUAAACAAUGAUACUGCAGCGAAACUGGUUCCUAAUUUUCCGACAAAAAUCAGUGUCGAUACAAUCAAUGAGAUCAGCGAAUUUCCGUCAGAACCCGGUAUUAGCACAGUUGAUGAGACCGGUGACGGUCACUCAUUCACCAGUAUUGACGCGAUCGAUAAGAUCCCUGAAUUCGACCUUUGUAAAGGUAGGCCUUCCUUUAGCAACGAUCUUAUGAGUAUUCCAUCCACCGGCUCUGGUGAAACAAUCAAAUACCCAAUAUAUCCCGCUGACAAUUUGCAAGAAAGAUUCGAAAUUAUUAAUGUUGACCACUGCUGCUUGGAUGAGCACGAGAUCCCUACUAGCAGGAACACAGAGACAGCAGACACACUCUGUGACGGACCACCGCGUUUGGAAAGACUAGAAUCCUUGCCAAUGCCUGGUUCUUGCCUUGAUCAACCGCCGAUAUUGAGUCCACCACCGCUGAUGAGUAUCGAUGAUGACGUUCUUCCUGAGCAGAGGAACCGUUACGGCAGUUUUUCUUUCAAAGCAUCUCAAAGUGGAGGGGCGUCACCCCAAGCAUCAUUCAGUGGUGAUGCAAGUCCAGUAGGUAUGGCUGAAAUGACUGAAAUAACUGAAAUCCAAUCCACAAUGAGCCCGACGCGGUCUGAACCGAGUAGACGCAAGGAGGACGACCUUUCUGCUGUAAGUGAGGUAUUCUUAUUCAGAACAGAUUCAACUGUCAGCACUGGAGUGCAAAGUCAAAGAAACAACACCCCCUCUCGGAGGAGUUCCGCCGAUUCAUUGGCAUCAGAACAUCUCCAAAACGAGUUGCCAAGAGUUUCAACCGGUGCAUUUUCAUUUCCUUCAUCACCCAACGAGCCGGCGUCCAGAUGUGAAGAGACUGCCGAAGAGCCUCCACGAGACAAGGUGGGAACACCGCCAGUUGAGAAGAAUCCAACCGCUGAAGCAACACUACACUGUCAAGAUACUGAAUAUCGGGAUGAACAGUGUCAGGUUGCGGAGACGAACACACAUGAGAGAAACACCUUGUUUCCGAAUGAUAUUCCUCAACGUGGCUCGGCAGGGGACCUUCAGACAUCUGAGGUUAUUUCUCUCGGAGACAGAAUUUGGAAAGUGGGACAAAAACUCUUAAAUGAUGACGGGCGGGUUCCGGACUUGACACCAGACGUGAUCCAUUGUACUGAUGGAAUGAAAGAAAAAACAGAAAGCAUUGGGUCUUGUGUGGAUCGGGGUGCCUUUGCCUACAAUCGUUCCGUUUACGCUGGAGGCACACACAUACUUGGAAAUGAGGCUGCUUCAAUACACUCUUCGCUCUCCGAUAUCAAUUCCGAAACUGAAAUUGAGAGGGCCGUUGCAUCCAUCUCAGAAACCCCAGAAUUAACUUUACUUAAUAGUGAGCAAGGUUUCCCUGAACUCAUCUUUGACGGUAGCAUCGAAGUAGCUGAGGUUGUGAUCGAUUCCCACGCUGGUGAUUCCAAUCUCUCAACCAUUGGAGCUGGGGUCAUGUUUUCCUGCAGUCGGUCGACUGACAACAAGAACAGUGAGACAGAUUGCAAUGACAGAAUGUCGAAAGAGGCGCAGGUGAACAGUCAUGGUGACACAAGUCCAGUGUGUGGAAGUGAUGCACCAAACUUCUCAGUUUUCGAAACAAAUCAAGCUUCGCACUCCAUACAAAAUAUUGAUCAACCUGCAUCCGAGGAAGCAACCGAAAUUCCUUCCCAACUGGGACAGACAUUGAAUUCUCAAGAAAGUCGUCCAUCUUCUGCCGGUGACGAAAGUCUUAAAGAAGAGGAAUGUCCACAAUUAGAUUUAGAAAGUCGGAUAGAAAAGACUUUAAGAGAAUGUCAGACAAAAACCAACUACUUGUCGGAAUAUCAGCCGAAAGAUGUCUCAAAUGUCUCUUCUAGAAGUGACACGUCGUCGCACGUCACGUUGGAAAUGUCUCCAAGACACAACUCUAUCAAUGAAAAUCAAUGUAGUCCUGGUCGUUACCAAGAGAUGAUGAAGGCUCAAGACUACAACAGAGAUACAUGCAAAAAUACCCCAUCAAGCCAAGAGGAGGCUUCAGCUGCUUCAAACAGCAAUCAGAGCAGGUCCAUAGAUGAGGCUGUCAUUGGACGGAUAGAUGCUGAUGACAUUGCGUGUCUUCCUUCGAGAUCACAGGAGAUAGACACAGCUAUUUCUCUGGCAUUAAUGUCUGAGAUGGCUGCCUCAAUGGAGGCCAAAGAACAGAACAGCAAUCAAGACAGCCCUAGUACCAACAUCUUGUCUUCUUCGGCAUUACCUUCAAGAAAUGACAAGACCGGACCAAGAGACUCGAGGACCCGUCAUCACUCUGCAUCUCGAGUGUCUGACGGACAUCGUGAAGGAACUGUAGCGUCUGCCGCACCUCAGAGACCUAACUCUGUGCACGGUGCCACUAUUCAUGGCGCAGGGAGUUCCUCAGAGACUCCCGCUGGGAACUCAAAGCCAAUUACUAAAGGCACCAGGGGUCGCACUGCUGGAAGAUACAGCAAUGGUUUCACCAUCGUAGACUGCCCCAACCCCAUCCCACAUGUACAUCAAAACGGGCAAUUUAAUGAGCUAAGGUGGCGCUUGAUGCAGGAGCACGGUCGUAAUCUUGAACAGCCAGUGACCACAGUCCAGACCACCCAACCUCACAAUCUGCCUGACUUCAUGGAAAAUUCGAAUGGUCGUCAUCCACACGAGAUAAUGAACUUUGGAGCUGGGAUACCCAUCGAGUUCCCUAAUGGUAGACGCUGUGUGGCGUACAGCAGGGAAAUACUGAAUUGCCCAGGAACGAACCUCCAUGUAGAUCAAGCACAAGGACUUAGCGAAUCUCAGAAUCAAUACCCCAAACUAUCUCGCAGGGGUUCACAUCAAUUAAGUGGUGCAGUUCAAACCAUUCCAUCCCAAGUCCCAGAGGGUGUAUCUCAAAAUAGACAACAGAAAAUACAAAAUCCACUGUUGGGCCUUACAGUAAAUCGACAACGAGCGGGGUCCAGCAACACGCCUAAAAAUCAAUCGCUUAAUGCUACUCCACAACAGAUAGAAAAUGCCCUACCUUCUCGGUGCACUGCAAGUACUCCAGUUGUAAUGCACAGUGCCCACGAACAGCAGUUGCAGUCUGCCCAUAUUCUACCGAAUCCAAGUUUGUUCAGCUCCAACUCGCAGCGUGUAGCAUAUCGACAACAUCAAAGGAUUUCCAUAGAUAGGAUAGACACCAGUUGCAGAGCUCAGUACCGAGAACAAGUCCAUUCAAACAACGUCCAACCAGGUGAGGGUAAAACAGUUGCCUCCGAUACCAGACGAAUCAUGCAUUCAGUGCCUGUUUCGGUUCAAAGUGUAUCCGACACUUCCAAUGCGGCGGUAGGUGACAAGGGUACGCUGUACAUUACAGCAGAUACAUCCCUUGAUAGUGAGUAUUCAACACGACCGGAACUCUUGAACCAUCAUGCACUGUGUCAGAGUCUUCAAAGUAAUGCCGCUCAGCGGAGACAUGACAUCCAAGAAGGCGAUAUCAACAAUCAACAAAUACCCAGAAUAAGCUUGCAACCCUCAGACAACCUGUCUCAUUCCUUGGAAACUCAACAACGCUUAUUCAUAAACGCAAGAGGAUCUGCACUACACCCACAGCCUCAGAAUACAGGGAAUUCCAGACAUGCAGUCUACGGGGCCACUUCCUCUCUCAACGAACAGCGAUGGAGAGCUAGACUAAGUGCAAACAUUUCUAGUAGCUCCGAGCGUCGGCGCCUAUCAACCACUGGGAACCUAACAAAUGCAAUGCAAAGUCCGGGACCAGGUACGGGUGCUGUUCCGUUACAUCAAUUCCAGGCAAACGUAGUCGCCAGCGGCCCGAAUGUGAGCGCUUGUAGGGCGUCACCCACAGCCGUGGCUUGGCGGGAGCAAGCAGUCCUUCCAGCCAACUCAGCAACCGCAUUCAUAUGCAAUCUGGCAGAAGCAAGCAGACGGUAUGCAGUAGAUAAUAGCUUGCCCGUGAGCCGAACGUUACAGGGAAGGCAAACAGCUGCCGAAGGACACGAUGGAGUAGCUAGCAGUUCAACAAAAAUUGAUGACAGCCAUGCAACGCGGGGAGAUCUGCGCAGAGAAAGCAACACAGAUGCUAUCCACAGGCAAACUGCCUACCACCAGUGGCCCGCACAGUCUGAAGACAACUUACCAAAGACUGCAUCCCAAGUAUCUCCUCAAACGACCACUGUUCCCGACGACUUCCUGAAAAAAUUGCCAAAAGACCUGACCAAUUAUCUCAUCAAUGAGCGCAAAAAAGGAAUACCAAUUCGGGAGACUCUCAAGGCGAUACUUGCCUCACUGCCGGCAGAGGAAGGUAAGGAGGCAGUGAAGCCAAGACAGGAAGAGAGAGUUUGGCGAUCUACCAUACAUUACCGAUCUUCAGAUACUUCGCCGCAGAGCAAUACAUCAAGCAAUUCUACAUCGUGGGUUGGUUUUCAUGGAGCACCCACACCAUAUCACACGCAGGACGCCAACGCCAAACUCCCAACACAUCCUGUGUCGGCAGCAAACCUGUUGAUGUUACCGCAGCACAGCCAGAAAUCUGGUUCCCGAAAUUCUGUCGUUUCUGAGACUCAACAUCAGUUCAAACAAACAUCUCAAAGUCAGUCGUUGAGAACUUCAGGAACACCAAAACGUUUUUACAAUCCGCCCCCCGCUAUCAUUCCUUUACUGGAGGCGCCAAGUAAAUCACAAGACACAGGGAGUAUUCAGGAUCAGACGGGUAUGCCUGUCAUUCAAGAAAACAACGACUUCGUCCUGGAUCUGAGGACUAACAUUUCUGAAUGCGUAGCUAAUGUUUGUGGUGGAGACCAACCACUGUAUGCCGAGCACAACAGCGAGCUUUACCACAGAGCGUACAGUGCCGGAGAGCCAGGUCCCAUCAGGGCAUCUAGCCUUGUCAACCUCUCAGCAAUCGUAAGAGCUCCUGUUAUUGACAAUUUAAGCCCAACACAACUUCUGAUACGGAGUAAAUUGCUGGAAAGGAGAUCACGGACAAAGGUGAGGUCAGUAUCGACGCCUGACAUUCUCCGAGCUUAUUCGUACCCACCCAAGAGAAAGGCAAAAAGGGCCGAGGAGUCAGACAAUCAACUCGGCAAAGAUUUACUUCCCCCAAGCGUUCAUACUUUACCUUGUCACGAGCGCGUCGGUCAAAGCUGUGAACGGGAAGACCGUUCUGGCUUUGUAGCCUCUCUAAAUCCCGCUGAAGAUUAUGUCAGUAGUGAUAAGGGAUCGUCCCAGGGACAAACGCAACGCGAACAUAAUGUGCAAAACCUGACAACCACAGACAACAAGGAGCCCGUGUCCAAUACAUUGACGCACUACCAGAAGGUGAAGACUAGCCUUCAGAACAGAUGGGUGACUGAGGCAGUCCAACCUCAACCGCAACAGGCUGACAACCAGCGAGAGAAAUCCUCUGGCAAAGAUCAAAAUGUCCUCGGGGUAGAAUCGAUCCAGGAGCAGGUGUGCACCUCAGGUCUCACCGUGUCUAUUAAUGACGACCCUGUUGACCACACACCUCGCUUCACGGUUAGUAAUUUGUCAGAUCACGGUGCAACACUACUAUCAACUUCAGCAACUGAGGCCACUCUGAUUACAUCUGUCCAGGUAGGUUCCACCGCGAAUCUGAAAUACGGUGAUGGACGUUCCGAGACAUCCCAGCCUCCCAGGAAGCGGAAAGCGGACGAUACCAUUCCAACCCGCUCGUCUUGCCCGUUCUGCUCGUUUGAAUGUUUUAGCAGCGGGAUUCUUCGAUCACAUGUUAACCAGAAACAUUUUGACAAACACAGUAAGCCUGGCUCUGGAAAUGGGACACGAAAAGCAGUUGGUGUCGUUGUGCCGUCAACAGCGUCCAACAGCACCGUUACUACACAAAGAAUUCCGAACGCAUCGACUCAAGACGUAUGGGGAACUGUUAACGGGGAACGAAUCGGUGCCUACACCCAAUCUCUUCAGCAUUCGAAGGGAACCUCCCCACUUCUUACAGGUAAAAUUGAUGUUCAAAGCCGAAAGCAGAUCACAUCUGGAGUGCCAGUAGCGACAAACAAUUUGGCAGUAAUUUCGCCAGAGCCCGUCCAGCCAGACACCACACCGGCACCUGUUCCCCGCAAUAAACAUCUUAAGACAGAUGGAAUGCUAGCAUCCCCGGCCACAUCUCUCGUCAGCAACCCGGUGAUCAAUGACAAUCAGAUCAGGGAACCCAACGCUGCACAGAAGGCAGAUGAGCAGCUGCGUUGCCGCUAUUGCAACCUCUAUUUCAAGAAUUCCGGUGAAUUGCAUAUCCACGUGAAGUUUCACCACACCAACACAAAGGGCUUGUAUAUGUGUUUCACUUGUGGCUACUCUACUAAGUCCAAACCCACUCUCAUGAAACACAUUGUGAAGUGGCACGGUCGGGGCAAAGUGUUCAGGUGCAGGCAAACUAAGUGCAAGGAAACAUUCUCGACGGAGGAGGAAUUGCAGCGUCAUCGACACUCCCACGAGGCACAGCGGCAUUACGUCUGCAGCUUGUGCAACGCCAAAUACAAACACGUGACUGGUCUCCGAUACCAUCAGAGGCGACACACUUUCAACUACCCAUACAAAUGCCAGGAGUGCGGCCUUAACUUUAAGUCCGAAGGGAUGCUGAAGAGACAUGAAUUCCAGAAGCAGCACAUUGCAUCUUGAGUGAGAACACGCACAGCUCGGAGAUGCUAGUUGUUGCCCCACUUGAUUUUCAACCAGAUCCCCCAUCUCUUGUCAACUUGUGGAGAACGCCGAAGUUCCCUCAGCGUAGGUGAAGUAUGAAGUCCUGAGGGGCACAUGGUAUCACUAGUUUGACUCUUGGGGAAAGUCUUUAAUGGGUUUGCAGGUGGCUGGUUCGUUGGUUCUGAUGGGACAAGAGUGGAUGCUUUGGUGGGAUGGAUUAAUGGAUGAGUGGUUACGUGGGAUAGUUUGAUACAUGUAGUUGGAUAUUGAGUGGGAUUGAUUCAUCGGUUUGACCGGGUGUGGUGGAGUGGGUGGUUGGCGUUAGAGAUUUAUAGCUGGGUGGCUGCGUAGGAGUCGAAGGGAUUUACGGCUGGGAUGGGUUUAGGCAUGUAAAGGGGUGGAAUAAGUCGACAGGUUGGUACAUGCCUAGGUGCGUGUGUACACUUGGAUUCUUCUAAGUGGUACUCAGGUUUGAGGUUUACACCUACGGGGAGCAAAGGUCAUCAUUAGCAUAUGGAAUUAAUUCCAGAUCCAUAUUCACAUAAAAUAACAGAAUGAUUUUUAGAAUGGGGAAUCAUCUUCAAAAAAACACAUCAGCUAAUUCUGUUUUUGUUUUGUUUUUGUGGGUGAUGGGUGGCGAGAUAGUGGAUGGCUGGUUGAAUGGAUAGCUUAGUGGGUGGGGAAAAUAGACAGUGCAAUACCACAACCCCUCGAUUAACCACACCUGUCAGUAAAGAAUCGCAUUUCCGUUAGGAGGAAAAUCGUGAAACACCUCACUUCGAUUGUCAAUGUGCCACUGGUCAACUGGACAUAUUUCACAUUCCGAUAUUCUAGACCAUAGUCCCAAUAAGAUCAGAAAAAAGUGCAUGAUUUAGGUGGAUCUAUUUUAAAAGGCUGAAUUGUUGAUUCAUCUUGUAUAGUUAGACGAUGAAAGACGCAGCUGCAGCUUUCCAAGUAGAUAUACGUAUGUUAUAUAUGGUUCACGCUGUUGGAGAAAACCUGGUCCCUGAGGAAUUACCAUGUAGUUUUACCAAAUUCCAAGAGGAACCAGGUGGAGUUGAACCACAGUAUGCGACGUACAGUUCCGUGGCGCUCCCAAUGAGAAGUUUGAAGAUAGGACAAAAACGCAGAACGGCUGAUCUGACGACACGCAGUCAUCUUGGAAACGGUGCAAAUUAUUGCACAAAGCAGUUCCCGUGUCUGGAAAAGUGGUGAGAAUAUUUGAUAUCUGAGAAGGAAAAAUUCAGCGCCGACAAGCAAACAAAGAAACAAAACUGGUUUGUGGGGACGAAAGAAAUCAAUUGAAAUCCGAAUUACAUCUGGAUAAGGAUGUGUGCCUUACGUCAGUGUUAAGUUUGUAAUUACAGUGAAAUAGUAACUUUAUUUGUGGGACAAAAGGGUGUCUGUAUUGUCUACAUGAAAGUCAAGAAAAUCACUUGCACUUUUAAAACAAAAUAUAGAAAAUGAUUUCAUGAUACGUGUAGUUUAAACUUCCUCUGUUAACGUGGGCGUAUCACGUGGUUUGUAGCUGUUGCAUGUUCAAAAUCCGUUAUCGUUGAAAAAUAAUCUGUAAAGUUCGUUACAAGAACCAACAUUUUACCCUCUGCAAAACCACCGAGUGUAUAAGGCUGUGGUACUGGUCUGUAAUAAAACGUAGACGUAUUCAGAGCAAUUCAAACGACCUUGAAUACAAAAUGAUCAAAAUAUCAACAGUUAUUAUGACAAGUUAUCUUGUAUAUUGUAUUGUACACGUGAUACAUUAUUAUGCAGUGAAAUAUUUCACACACAGAUGACUUUUCUGAUACAAUACAUACUGUACUUGCAACGCACUGAAGACAAACUUUAAAUCGUGUACUUAAUACAUUUUGUAUUCAUAAGUGAUAUGGCUUUUCUGCUUAAAAGAUUGGAUAAUGCAUUCUUAAAUAUAUGUGUAAUAAAUGUUCAUGAGAACGGAUGCUUUGUACGUUUUGAUAUAACGCUGUACAUUUAAUCGACCAAUACGCGUUGUACAUUUUAAAAACGUAUGCUUUUUUCAUUGGCUUAUUUGUAAUUAAACAUAACUGCUUUGUAAAUUAUAUAAUUCAGCAGCUUAAUUGUAAAGCUUGUGUUUUAGUACUUGUAGUCAUAGCCAAAUUACAGCUAGGGCCAGAACGUAACAAAUCUACAAACUUUCGCUAAAAGUUGAAAUUUUGCUGGCAGGAAGAACCUUUCGACGCCCUCCUGAAAAGGGGGCAUGGUCCUCUUAGAGCGUACAAGUAUUUCCAAACGAGUGAGACAAGUUGGGGGGGGAGACACUAAACGUACAGUUCUUUUUUACUUUGGAAAUCCUUUUAAUGAUUACUACAAAAAUGACCAUCUAACCGAACAUUUCAACGGGAUGGCGUUUAAAAUUUUCGGAAAGUGUUGGAGGGAGAUUUUUGCUGUUUUUCCUACGAAUGGGGGUGGGUGGUAUCUGGCAUGCACCCAUGUUUGUAACCUGUUGGUGACUUUAUUCUGUGUUUAUUAUGCCCAAAGAGAACCCGUUUUGCAAGAGCUUGAUAUUACCCGUGUCUAAUUAUUUAUAAGUUCGUUUGUUUUUAGAUUGGCUGAACCAAUAGUGUGUAUAAAUUUGCGUUAAGAGACAAAUAAACUGUCGGUAACGAAAGUUA